AUGUCAUUAGUGAAAAGCAGUAGCACUGAUUCCGCAAAUGCAUUUAUCCUAAUUAAACAAAAAACUUUGUCCAACAACCUGAAUGGAAUUUUAUGCAAAUCCCUGGUCUUUGUAACCCUAAUUCUAUAUCUAGUUUACUUUUUCUUGUCCAACCAUCCAUGUUGUCAAUCAUCCCUGUUACUCUUCCAAAGAAGAAUCAAGUCAAAGCAAUAUUACUACAAUAAAACGUCCCACAUUUCACCUACGAAUAUUAGCCACAUAGUUUUUGGAAUUGCAGGCUCAUCAAAUACAUGGGGAAACAAAAAAUGGUAUAUCCAUUCUUGGUGGAAACCAAAUAUAACAAGGGGAUAUCUUUUCUUAGAUAGAACCCCAAAUGAGCACCUACCUUGGCCUUCUUCCUCUCCUCCUUUUAAAAUAUCUGAUGACAAUUCACGAUAUGCGCUUUACAACAAGCACGGAAUGCCAUUUGCAAUCAGAAUGUUGAGAGUGAUUGAGGAAACAUUCAAUGUGGAGCACAGUCCAGGGGUCAGGUGGUACGUUAUGGCGGACGAUGACACUGUGCUAUUGAUUGACAAUUUGGUCGAUGUUCUUUCUAUGUAUGAUCACAGAAAGUACUAUUAUGUUGGGAUGAAUUCGGAGUGUCUUGUCAGUAACUUUGGUAUGUCGUUUCAAAUGGCAUUUGGUGGAGCUGGUUAUGCUUUAAGUUAUCCCUUAGCUCAAGCUGUGGCUAAGAACAUGGAUACAUGUAUCAAGAGGUAUCCAUUUUUAUAUGGCAGUGACCACAUUUUACAAGCAUGUAUUGCUGAUUUAGGCGUCACCAUUACACUAGAAAAUGGGUUUCAUCAGAUUGACCUGCGACGUGACAUAUCUGGUUUUUUAUCAGCACAUCCUCAGUCUCCAUUCCUAUCUCUCCAUCACCUUGACUUAGUAGCUCCAAUUUUCCCUCUAAUGAACCAUCACGAGGCCGUAAACCAUCUAAUGACAGCAGCAAGAGUAGACCAAUCCAGAUUAUUACAGCAAAGCACAUGCUACCUAACGAAGUACAAUUGGACAUUCUCAGUGUCAUGGGGCUAUUCCAUUAACAUCUAUGAGAAGAUUCACUCUCCAAGUUUUCUUGAAAGACCCCUUGAGACAUUUUCCGAAUGGAGGAAAGGAGCAAGGCCACCUUACAUGUUUAAUGUUAGACAAUUAACUAAUGAUUCUUGUGAAAUUCCUCAUGUUCUCUUCUUUGAUGCUGUCGACGGAACAAGAUUAGACCACAUUGUUACGAGAUACACCAAGAGAACUCCAAGGGCGAUGACGGCUUGUGGGUCGAGCGGCAAUCAUUCUGCGGAUGAUGUCUCAAAAAUUCGUGUCUUUUCUCCCAUGCAUAAGCUUCAUGUAGGGGCUGGUAAUAGAAGAGAAUGUUGUGACGUUGUGCAACCCAUUGGAAUGGAUUCGAUGGCUAUCAAACUUAGGACUUAUUCCUUUGUAAAGGCACACGCUGGAGCCAUUAAGGUUGCAACUAGAAAGUCGGACCUAUUCAAGUCGUCACUUGGUCCGGUGUACAUAAUCGAUAUAAGUCAAAGAUUAGGGUCUAAGACGAUCAACUGGGGGCUCCGAUUAGUUCAAUUUAUCCUAAAAGGCCCGUGGACAGAGUUAAAAGGGAUGUCGAUCGGGAACCACGAUCGAACAGAGACCGAAAUCAGCCAUAAGAGAGAGAUCGGAGAAAUAACGGGUCUGGACACAACCCUGUUCGGAAUGACAAAAGGAAUUAUCGGGGACAGAGUUCCCGAGGACUCAUGA